UACAUUAACCCGCCUUGCUCUUUAAAACCGCAUGACUGAUGGGGGGGUCACCACUACGCUGCACCCCGUCCUCGCCGGCAGCAGGUGGCGCCUCGGUCAAAGUAACACCACGUAAUUAUUAUUAAUCAAAUGGCUAGGUUAUGUACGUCAGGCCCCACCAGUCUUACAGGCGGCGUCGGCGGCCGCCAACUUCACUGACAAAUUCUGAGGGGCGCCGACUUGUCGGCAGAUUUCAUGUUGGUUCGGACGGGGGACGACUAGGACCGGUGCUGCGCAAAGAAAUACGUGGUCAAUACAAGGAAGUCAGUGCUUAAUGGAAAAAGCCGUUUACAUGAAAGUGGAAGCAACAUCAACUUCAGUACUGAAAGAAACGGAGCUAGACGUGCCACACACCCGGGUCUCACACGGUGUGAGAAGCUUGGCGGCGCCGGCCAGACCAUGGAAGAGCUCAAGCUGGUUCUCAGUCCCACUGCACCCCCCCAACCAGACCGGCCUGCUGUCUCCACUGCCCCCACACAGGUCCCGACUGUGACUCUCCACGCUCCACAGGCUCUGCCAAUCAGAACUACGCCCCCAUCAAUCAAAGUCACGCCCCCCUAUGUCAAAGUCACACCCCCGCCGUACAGACCCAUGCCCCUCCAGCGCAUCCCUGGUGACCCUGCGGCCCCCCGUCCCCCCUCCUUGCACCAGCUGCCCAUCGCACCGGCACCCACUCUUUACUCUUCGGUCCAGUCCCGCCCGCUGAUCAAGCACAUGCUGCAGUACCGACCAUUACCCAAGGGGGCACCAAACCCACUCAUAAUCCCGAAGCCUACCAGUAUCCAGCGGAGAGUCUCAGCCAAGACCAUUCUCCAGAGUGCAGGACAAAAGGCCAACCAGCAGUGUCUGCUUAUUGGGGGCCCUGCAACCCUGGCAGCACCCAUCAUGACGACCCCAGCCCCAGUCCAGUCACAGCAGAGCACCACCCCCGUCCCCUCCAUAGCCCUCCCACUGGUGCUGACCUCUACUCCAUUGCAGACACAGUACAAUCCGAGAUCACCAGUUCAUGCUCCCCCAAGCAUGUCCCAGACACCUGUCACUGACCCCUCCCUAGGUCCUGUCCAAUUACAGCUCACCACUACAGCAGAAGCUCCUCCUACUCCUCUCCAGGGAUCUGCCCAUCUUUUACUUUGUAACCCCGCCCAGAAGCCUACUUCCCCGAGCCCCCCAGCUCCAUCCCCUGUCAGAGUCACCCACUCCCCAUCCCCUCCCCCUGUUUCCGAGGUGAUGGGCACCCCCUCCCCGCCUCAUCCCCCUCCCCAGUCCAGCCCCAGUCCCUCAACUACCCUGAAGGCCCUGCAGCUGCUAAAAGCACUGGUGCAGGAGUCCGAGCUGAUCCCAAAGAGGAGGGCGCCAGACCCUGAGGACGAGCCCGAGCCACCAGAGAAGAUCCAGAGCCCUCCCCUGAGUCUUCCUCUGUCUCCAUGCCACAUCAGGGGCCCGCAGAUCCCAGCAGCUGAGCUGGAGCAGACCCCCAGGGAUUCCCAGGCUGGACACAAGGAUCUCUGUGCAGAGGAGUCGGUGGAGGGCAGCGAUGCCCCCCCCUUGGCCAGUGCAGGGUCAGACGGACCCAGGGAAGACCUCCCCAACCCCUCAGGUGGGGUAUCAACCAGGGUCCAGCACUCGUCCCCACAGCUGAGAAGCUCCCCCAAUGCUGUCCUCUGUCUGUCCGGCUCUCCAGCUGCUCCCUGCAUACCUAGCAUGAACUCAGACGCUGGCAGCCCCCCCUUGGAGCAGCCCGCGAGCCUCCUGUACCCAGACAGCACCCCCUACCCUCUCCGGCAAACGCCAGUGAGGUGUGCCAGCCAAUCCCCGACUGCCAGCCUCCCCACAGAGUCCCCACAGGCCAUCGUCAGGCCCCAGAUCCUCACCCACCUCGUGGAGGGUUUUGUCAUCCAGGAGGGCCUAGAACCUUUCCCGGUGUCCCGCUCGUCCCUGAUGGUUGACCAGCUGGCCCAUGAGGCAGCCGACAUCUACCCUGGUGACCCGCCAAUGGACGUGGACGAAGUGGAGAACUCGGAUGUGGAUAGCGCUACCACAGAUGACCUGGACAAGCUGCUGUGCGAGUUCUGUGGCAAACGGGGGCCCUCGCACUCCUUCCUGCGCUCCCAACGAUUCUGCUCCCUGCAGUGUGUCCGAGGGUUCAACAUGGCAUAUUCCAAGCGCAUGAACGCGCUAAAGGCGAAGAAGAUGGGCCGCUGGACGUCACGCACAGAGGGGAGGCGCAGCCGCCAGACCAACCCGCUGGAGGGUGGCCACGGAGAGCGCCACCAUCAGGCACCUAAGCAGUACGGUGCCACCAGCCCGUUUCCAAAGGAGGCCACGGCAGAGAAAGUAGAGAAGCCGUCCAUCCCUAUGACAACAAGACUGCGUCGCCAGGUGGAACAUCGACCGGCGCGUGCAAGGGCCAAGUCAGCUCCUGAUUGGGUCGACAGAUCAGCACUAGCUGCCCCGACCAGCAGCCCCGGCCUGUGGACUGUGGACCAAGUGUGGGCCUUCAUACACUCCAUGCCAGGUUGCCAAGACAUCGCGGAGGAGUUCCGUUCGCAGGAGAUCGAUGGCCAGGCUCUACUGCUCCUGACCGAGGACCACCUGAUGGGGGCUAUGAAGCUGAAGCUGGGACCGGCCCUGAAGAUCCACGCCCGCAUCAGUGACUUGAAGGGCUCCUAGUCACACCUCUAGUCAUGCCGAACACGGCCACACCUCCAAGCACAGGUGUCCCCUGAGUCCUGUGUCACAUGACCCUGCCUCAAAAGCCUGCUCUUGAAUGGAGCCUGAAGUCUGCAAGCUGCCAUGUUUGCUGCUGACUGGUUUAUCAGAUGUAAAAGCACCCAGACCAUCCUAGACCACAGGCUACAGACUAAUGAAGCAGUGACUCCAGUGAGUGAGACAGGCUUUCUGGCCACUAGUCAGGCGCAUCAUCUCUAUAGAUACAUACACUGAAGAGCUUUACAGCACUGCCUAAUACAGCCAUUUAUUGCUCAUGUUUCAGAAAAUCUCCACCGAAAGACAUUCAAACACAUUUUAUAUUUGUUGCAUAUCAUCUUUUCGUUUUAAAAUCAACUCAACUUUAAGCUAGGCAAAGGGUUGCAGUAAUGAAACUAAUUAUACUGUUUAUCUAAAAAUAACUAAAUAUUUAACUUGUAUUUAUAAUUCUAAUGGAAGAUGAUAAUAGAAGUUUAUUUUUACAGCCUUAAGAGUGAUGUAUUUCACUGAGGAAAGUUCACCAGCCUAUGAAGGAAAUGACAGUGUGUUCAGUGGGAAUCCCACACUAUUAGCACAGGACCAAACAACCAAAACCUCCUCAAAGAAAUAGUUUAAAACUGUAGAAUUGUUUAUAUUACUAAAAUUCUGAAAUAAAGUAUGUGGCACUUUGAAA